AUGGAUGAUGCGUUCGAUCGAAGUAAAAACUUGGAACAACUGGCACUGAUAUGGUUUGAUACAGAAAACAUUGUCGAUAAUGAACUUGAAAUAAGAAUGCGUGCGAUAAUUGAUUAUUUUAAAUUUUUUAAUCACGCAGACGAAUGCAACGACUAUCUCAGAAGUACACAUCAAGCCAAAGUAUUCGUUAUUAUUUCAUCAAAUUAUAAUAAAAGAGAUCAGAUACAACAUUUUCUUAUAUCUGUUCAACAACUCAAACCCGUACAUGCAGUGUAUGUGUAUCUGACCGAUGAGAAUAACGAAUGUGCAAUGGACAUGGAUUAUCCUAAGGUAUGUGGCGUAUACGUGCAGCUGCAAAAAUUGUUAAGCGAAUUGGGUGAAAAAGUAGCAACGUUGACCAAGUAUGCAAAUAUGCUCUUUGAAUGUUCGACAGGUGGCACUACAACAUCGUAUAUUGGUGUCAAUGAAAUGUGGUACCAGCGAUCGAUUGAUAUUGCACUUUCGUUACCGAUUAGUAAUAACGAUAGACAAACAUUAAUCGAUAAGUGCAAGAUGUAUUAUAAAGGUAAUACCAUGACUGAAGAAAUUAUCGAUGAAUUUGAGAAGACUUAUGAUCCUGCUAAAGCUAUUUGGUGGUACACGCGAAAUUGCUUUUUAUACCGUAUUCUGAACGGAGUCUUAAGACAGAAAAAUAUGGAAGCAGCGCUUUACUUUCGCUUCUAUCUAUUGGAUAUUUGCAAACAAUUGAGAUCAGUGCAGGAAGAAUAUUUAGAAUAUUUCGAUGAUAGACCUAUAUUGAAAGCUUAUCGCGGUCAAUUGAUGACACGUGAAGAAGUGAUUUAUCUUGAAAAAUUCGCUGGUUUUACAUAUUCUAUAAAUAGUCUUCUGUCGACGACUACAAAUCGGUCAACUGCGCUAAUCUUUUCUGGUAUCACCGGUUCGGCAACACCACGUAGCGAUGGCUAUAUUUCAGUCUUGUUUGAAAUAGAAGCAGAUGCCCGUUUAUCACAAAAACCAUUUGCAUAUAUUGGCCACUUGAGUUAUUUUGGUUCCAACGAAGACGAAGUUUUGUUUAUGAUCGGGUCUAUGUUACUCCUAACUGCAACCCAAUACGACGAACAACAAAAUUUACAUAUAUUCAAGUUCUCCUUGAUUAGUUAUAAAGAUUUAACAUACCCUAAUCCUCAACUUCCGUCAGCAAUCUCAAUCGAGUCAAAAUUCAUAAACAUUGGCUACUUAAUACAAAGGUCAUAUUUACACGAAUCUCAUGCCGCGAAAUAUUAUAACAGCUUACUAAAUGAUUUUCAUGGAGAUGAUCAAAACAUCUGUGCUUGUUACGUUGGCUUAGGUUGGAUUGCGUGUGAAAAUGAUCAGUAUGACCUAGCAUUGAGAUACCAGACAACAGCAUUGCAACUAUACGACCGAGCACGACUAUCAUUGACUGAUCUUCUACUGAAUAUAUACAAUUGUCUUGGAGCAGUUAACCGAAAGCGAAAUAAUUACAAUCAAGCAAUAGAUUUUUAUAUGAAAGCAGAGCAGUAUAAUAACAUAAGAUGUAUUGAUCGUCAAUGGAUUAAUCUUGAUGAAUUUCGAAAUAUUAGCUCAAUUCAUAUGGCUGCAAUUUAUAAACUGCAACAAAAGUUUGACUUAACAUGGGACAUGUAUCAGAGAACGAUUGAGAAAAUUCCAAACACUAAAUUGCAUAAAAUGGUGUUUGAAUAUAUUGUGAAAGCUUAUAAUGAUACUAUAGAAAAUCGUAAACGCUUUCUUGACUAUGCCAUACAAUAUCUACCAUCACUAUAUGGGUUUAUUGUCUAUUCAUACGUGCAUAUCGUCGAGCUGGCUGUUUCGCGCAAAAACUACGAUUUUGCCAUUGAUUGUUUGAAGAAGCUUAUAGAAAUUGAAUCGAAAUCCGGCAAAUGUAUUACUCAGAAGAAGCAAUAUCAUUACAGUAAUGUACCUUUCUUGUAUAAAAAGAUCGGUUGUUUAUAUGAAGAAAAAGGCGAUCUGAAUUCGACAAUAGAAUGGUUUGAGAAAGCGUUUGAGACUGGUAUGAUGUUCUCGCAACUUAUGUCACACAAUUACCUCAUCACACCGCGACAUAUUGCUUUAUUAUACGCAAAGCAAGGAGGCGAAAAAGUUCCUUUAGCUAUAGAAUGGCACAAAAGAUUUGUCGAGAUGUUAUUGAAGGACGAACAUAAUCUACAAUCACGUGAUAUGGAACUUGCAAUACCCAAAAUUGAGGUGUGCAACAUCGACAGUGAGUUGUGGCAAAUAAAUUUUCUCCAGCUACGCAUAUCUCAGACAAAACUCUGCUGGAAUGAAGUCGAGGUGCGAUCACACAAUGAACACAAUGCAAGCACAUAUAAUAACAUGAUUGCUCUGUCUUACUACGAUAUAGCCAAGCUAUGUGAAAGAUCGGAGGAAGCCAAUCUGUAUUAUAAAAAGUGUGUGUUAUCAUAUCUGAAAAAUGAACUACAGCAUCUUCUUUGGGACGUUAAACCAAUUAGCAUGAAGGCCAUUGAAAGUCACUUUAGCACUGAACAGGAAGUAGAUGAAAGAUACCGCACGUGCCAUUAUUUGAAUGAAGAAAUCCCAAUCCUUUGGACAACCCUGCGACAACAAAAUGUAAGCAACGGCUGUGUCAAAUUGAUUCGAACAGACUCUGGUACAGAUCCAACUAGUGUAAUAGUUAGUGUCCGAGUGCAACUUGAAGUGUUUCCGGAAAAUGAUUACGAACGUCUUAAAACUUAUUAUGAUUCCGAUUACUAUGAAUUUACCAGAUUCACCAGAGAGGUUGAAACCAAUGAUGAUGAUGAUUCACUCUUUGACAUAAAAAAGCCUGAGAAAAGGAUACUAUGUAAUACUUCACAGACCAAUAGAUGGAUAAAGAUCGGUAGUAUGAAACACGUACGAGCGUUUCAUACAGCACUGAAGUUACCCAGUGGAAAGGUCUUAGUAGUUGGUGGCGAAGGCGAUGGACCUGCAACUGCUGAAUUAUACAAUCCAUCAACAAGCAAAUGGUCAGCCACUGGAAACAUGAUUUACGCACGAAACUUGCAUACAGCAUCUGUAUUAAACAAUGGAAAAGUUUUAGUAGUCGCUGGUAGCGGUGAUUCGAAUAGCACUGAAUUAUAUGAUCCGUCGACAGGGAAAUGGACGGCAGGUGCCGAUGUGAAGUAUCCGCGACGAAUGCAUACAGCAGUCGUGUUAAACGAUGGUAGAGUUUUGGUGACUGGUGGAAUAGUUGGAGGAGGUACACUUCUAAACACUGCUGAAUUGUACGAUCCAUCCACGGGUAGUUGGACUGUUACUACUCCAAUGAAUCAUGCACGGAACUGGCAUACAGCUUCUGUAUUGAAUAAUGGAAAAGUGUUGAUCGUUGGAGGAAGUAAUGCUGCUGGUGAAUAUGUUAUCGUUACUGAAUUAUAUGAUCCAUCAACGAACAUGUGGACUCCUUCUGGUAAUUUAAAUUAUCCACGAACUUACCAUACAGCAGCUGUAUUAACCGACGGAAAAGUUUUGAUUAUCGGCGGAUCGGAUGAUGAGCAUGAAUUGCUGUACACCUCUGAAUUGUACGAUCCAUCGACGGGUCAUUGGACUACGGCUGGUGAUUUAAAUGAAGCGCGCAUGUUCCCAGGAGCAUGCCUUUUAGCUAACGGACAAGUUUUAGUCAUUGGUGGGCAAGCAAACAACGCUACACCGAUGAACACUGCCGAGUUAUACGAUCCAUUAACAGAGACAUGGACAUUGACUAACAAUUUAAAUUACGCACGUGAUGGACACACAAUAUCUGUAUUAAACAAUGGUAGAGUAUUAGUCACUGGUGGUUAUGGAAAUAAACUUCAAAGUAGUGCUGAGCUCUACAUCCCAUACACGAAAGAUGAUCAAGAUCGAACGGAACUAUGA